AUGUCUGCUGUUAAGCUCAAGCUACCGACUCAUGACGUCCCAGCGGGCAAACAUGCCUUCAUCGUGAUUAGCCAGCCCAAGGGCAAUCUGGUGUGGAUCUCGACGGAGGCGUCCGCGGCCGGAAGUGGCCCCACGGGUUCCGGUGGAGGGGGUGGUGGUGCCGGUGGGGGAGGCGGAGGAGGUGGCGGCUCGAGCAGUUCUACCAACGACAAGGACAAGUACAAACCUCGGCUGCACACGUGGAAUGAGUGCGACAGCGUGCAGGAUGACGUUUGCAGACGAGCUGCAGUUUCGCGCCGCUGUUUCUGCCAGAACUACGGAGAGAUAGUUCAGACGGCUCAGCUUGUUCCGCGGACAGAGCUGGAGGUCGCUUCGAUCUUGCAGGAGUGCAUCGAGUUCCUCCAAGUGUCGCCGGAUGAGUUGGACGACUACACCCGGUAUAACUUCCAGCUGAACGAGCAGUCCCGUUGUCUGAUGCGUUGCGUCAUUAUCCGGCAGGGACUGUACGACGACGAACGGGGUCCCAACCUGGACCGGAUGUACGUUCAGUGUGGUGGCUAUGACGUUCCGGAAGAUGAGUUCAAAGAAAGUGCUCGGAAGUGUAUCGACCGGUUGACGGAGGAAUUCCGAUGUGACAAGUGUGCGCUGGCGGCGCGGAUUGUGGCUGAAUGUUUUCCGCAGGAGUCGGGACCACUUUUUGCGACCAUAGUGGCGGCGAAUUUACUCAAGUUUAAGAUAAGAAAGACAGUUAAAUUCUUCAAGAAAGCGUUCUAGUAUAUCAAUCCAUCCAAAGAUAUAUUGAGCACUAAACACGAAUUCGUGGUCGAUAUUUGAGAUAGUUCAUAGUGGACGAAUCGCUUAGAUGUCUUCGGUAAAAUUGUUCCUUGGGUCAAAUAUGAGUCACCAUUGUCAUCCUAAUACAUGAUCAUUUUAUUAGACAAAUCUUUCACCUGUAUUAUCCAAGUUUUUGCAGUCAUUUCAAAUCAAAUGCCUCUUCCAAAAGCCAUAAACUUGUA